CCAUGACCAUGUCAUCCGAGCUUUGUGCAGGAGAAAUGGCGGUGAACUGCCAGCCAUUCAUGCGUUUCCACGGUGUUCAUGGUACAAAUGUCCGUAUUGAUCCUUCAGGUACACAAGCUACCAGGGUAGAGAGUUUUGCAAAUGGUAUUUGCUUUAGUCAGGACCCACUGGAACCUGGGCAGAUAUUUUUGGUGGAGAUUGAGGAAAAGGAGCUGGGAUGGUGUGGUCAUCUAAGAGUGGGCCUGAUGGCCCGAGAUCCCAGAACCUUAAACACAGUACCAGAAUACUCUCUUCCAGACCUUGUGAAUAUGGGCGAUAGCUGGGUUUUUGCUAUUACACGGAACCAUAACAAAGUGGCUCAGGAGGAUGGAGAAAUCACCAGCAAUGGAGCAGGGAUUGGACUCUUAACAGACCCCUACUUAAAUGUGGGCAAGAUUAAAAUUCCUCGUGACAAGCUUGUGGCUCGAAGUCGGCCAGGGCGCUUCAGUCACAUCUUAGAUGAAUUAUACAAAUUAAAUGUUCUACCACCGACGGCACGGAGAAGUAGGAUCGGAGUGUUGUAUGAACCCCAGUCAGAUGGGACCCACCAAAUGCACAUAAUCAUCAACGGAGAAGACAUGGGACCUAGUGCUCGUGGGAUACCUGCCAACCAGCCCCUCUAUGCUGUUGUUGACGUCUUCGCUUCCACCAAGAGUGUCCGUGUUAUCCAGUUGGAAUAUGGAUGUAUGUAUCACAUUAAUUUUAAUUCUACAAAGCAUUUUUUUGGUUAAAACAGGUUCACUGAGGGUAGGGUUGGGGACUUCCUUAGUUCUAUAAGUGAACUGCAGAGUGCACAACUUAAUAACUGCUCUUCAUUCUCAGUUUUCUGUAGCCGACGUAUCUGAUUAUCACGUAACCAGUAGGAGGGGCAUAGAUACAUCUAAUUUAUUUACUAUUUUAGGAAAGUGGUGGAGAAAGAGGGGAGAGAGGGUGCAUUUCAAUUUCCAAACCUGCUUUAUGACUUGAUUUAUUAAACGGGCUGACAUUUAAACCCUUGUUCCUUAAGGUUCUAAAGAAGAAUAUUAUCAAUCCCUAUUUUAUUAUGAUUUGUUAUGUCAUUAUUUAAUUAGCUUUUAAAUUAACGAGAAUUCCUCCUCUAACCCUGGAAGCUUGCAGAUGUUGGCCGGAGGGUAACAAUAGUAACAUAUAAUUGUAACAAAAUUCGUAAUUAUCGCUUUAAAGAGGCAAUGUCAUUUUAGGAUCACUGAAUAGCCAACUAAAAGUUAGCAAUUGGUAGUGCUAACCUUUUCUUUAAAAAUCUGCAUAUUUUUAUUUUCAUGUUACAAGCAAAGCAUGUAAAUUAGUUAACCCCAUAAGUGUACGCACAGUGCAUGUACCAGUGCGCAUGCGCAGAUGUCCUCGGUACACACCACGCCCAGGGCACCAUAGAAUUACUUCAUUGUGCACACUCAGAAGGCCAGCAGAGAGACUAGGUAGCUUCAUAGCGAAAUGCUACACAUACAGACUCCAGGCACCAUGACCACUUUAAAACACAGAAGUAGUCAUGGUGUUUGAAGUAAGCCUUUUAAAGCUUAUAACUUACUUUAUUUCAAUAAACACAUAAAACAGGCUUCCAGUCUGCGGUGUUGUGACCAGGCGAUUAUUUUCUUUCCUCUUAAAAUUCAGAUAUUUGGGCUUUAAAUUUGAAAUUAACUUCCUGACAAUGUUUACUUCAAUAAAUAACAAUAAAUAAUAAUAAUCUCUGUAUUUAAAAGUUCAAAAAUGAAACAAUUUUAAAAGUUAAAAAAUAUCUUUAUUUAAAAUAAAAAAAUAUAUCAACAUAUACAGACCGCGUGCUUACGACAUGCUUAAGACAUUCAGCAUUGCGUGCUUAUUUUUUUUUAGGAUAUUCCAUGUCUUUCCUAAUAUAAAGUAAAUAUUGUUUCUGCUGAUUUUGCAAACAAGAAAAAACAGCAGUUACAACAAAUCGUUGGCAUUAUUACAAAUCAGCGAUAUACACAAUAAAAAGUAAUCGCGUAGACGUAUACCAGUUCUUACAAAACACAGUACCGUGACGCAGAAAAGAAAACACAACAAAAAAAUAAAUAAUUUUUAAAAAAAUUAUACAAAAAAAAAUAAUAAAAAUAAAUUUAAAAUAUUUUUUUUAAAAGCAGCACAUGGGACACAAGGUGAGGGUGAGAAUUAAUAAUAGAUUACUUAGUAAUGGGAAAUGAUCUACUAAGUACAUUCAUAAACCUGUAAAGGUUCGUUAGUUGUGUGGACAAUGCAUGUUAAUUGUUUCGUUUGCAUUUAGCGAGGGAUUAAAUCACUAAUAUUAGUGGGUUAAGUUUCCAGCAAUUUUGUACAAUAAGCUGCUUAACAACUGAAAACACAUGGGAUAUAAAGCAAUUACAUUUUCUGUUGAGGGAAGUAAUAUAUUUUUAUAGCAGAUAAUACUGCACAAUUUGAAAACUUACUACCUUUUGCUUUAUGUUUUGUGCAUUUGUUUGUUGAAUGGGUUUCACAUUGUACAUAUGCUAUUUAUAGCAUACUGGUGCUUUUCUUCUUUCCCAUACCUCCCAAGAUUCCCGAAACCAUAGAGACAGUCCUGAUAUAAGAUCCCUGUCUCACAGUCCCAGGUUACCACACUCUCUAUAAUUAUUAUCACACUACAAAAAGUUUAAAUGUGUAUAGAUUUUUAAUUUAAAGGAACACUAUAGGGUCAAGAAUGCAUGUUUGUGUAAAAACAUGUUAGCUCUCUUGCCCCCUUUAAAUAACUAGAAAACUCACCUUAUUUCCAACACUGCACCGGCCUGCACACUGUGCAGCAAUGACCCAGGAAGCACCUCUAGUAGCCGUCUGAGGAGUGGACACUAGAGAUGUUCCUGGUCCGUAAAAGCUGAUCCGGAUGGGUUUAAAUGCACUCAUCCCUGGGGGUCAGCACUCGCCGGCAUGCAUUAUCUCUAAAAUGACCAUAGUUAUCCAAGUAACAGAGCAAUCAAAUGAACCAUAACUGAUUUAAAAAUAAAAAUUUGUCAAUCUGACCAAUAUGGUAUUGACAAAAAAAGUUAGACGGAAAAAUGUGAAGAUCAGAAGGAUCCCGGAAAUCCAUCGUUUUUACAUAAGGUUUUUUUUGAUAACCAUGAUUACGAUCUUCUACCCAUCUAUCCCAAAAGAUAUGAUGUCUCUUCAUUGUUGUUACCCAGUAGUUAAUCUUCUCAGCGUAAUGUCUAUAGACUGGAUUCGCUCAUUUGCAUUAUUUCCAUCAAACCUGCGGACAGCGUCCAGUCGCUGUGGACAAAGUGGAAGUCCAAAUAUCUAAAGAUUUUUUCUGGGCUUCCUUAUUUGAGAGACGCUCCAUGAAACUAGUCAUUCAAAUCCCGCGGAAACAGAAUAUUGUAUGUUCGUGGAGCUUCCUAUUCAAACUUGUGUUUGAUCAAUGAGGUGCCGCUCAUAUCGCACCUAAAUGAUAGAUGCAUUUCUUCAAACUUUGGGAAUAGAGAGCCUGGAUGUCUUGCAUAUUGCCCAGGGAGUGAAAACAUCAAUUUAUUCAAUGCUGGCUGGUUCAUCAGUCUCUUUACCACCCACAGGUGGCACAAUAAAAAAAUACUUUAUCAGACAACCUACCUGCUAAUUCUCCUCCUUUCAAGGUAGACUUUGCUGUAAGUACUUCACCAUUUGCAUAGUUUGCUGUAUCUCCAGCUGAUAAAGACCCAGGAAAGGGAAUCUCUGUUCUUUGGGAUGGAGCUGGGGAGAAUGGCAGGAAAUGGCCCAUGCCAAAGAGAUCAGGCCGCACUAAAUCCACCAUGAAAAGACCACUCUAAUCUGCCCAAUGGUUAUUUCUUAUACAUUUUUAAUUUUGUUUGAUACUUUAAAAUCCAUUUGACAUCUGCAUUGACGGCACACUUUUCUAUUCUAUUAAAAGAACAAUAUAGGGUCAGGAACACAAAUAAACACCAUAGUGUUUGACUACAUGUUUAGGUGUCAGGCCCUCCUCAGAAUGGAGUUAAAAAGGAUUUUAUCUACCCUUUUCUCCAUCGCUGUGCUGGUUUUGCCAUGGCUGGCUCCAUCUACAUGGCUGAGAUCAUCAAUCUUGAUUUAAUCUCAGCCUUGAUGAUCUCAGCCAAUCCAAUGCUUUACCAUAGGAAGGCAUUGGGGGGCUAUUCUGCACGCGGGGUAAAACGCCACGCUGCGCCAUUCAGCAUCUUCUCACUGAGAUGCAUUGAAUCACCCUGAACGUAGUUCCUGCAAAGAUUGCAAUACCUAAACCAGGAAGUCCCUCUAGUGGCUGUCUGAGUGACAGCCACUAGAGGUGUAGUUAUGCAGAUAUGUAAACACUUCCUUUUCUCCUAAAAAGCAAUGUUUACAUUGAUGAGCCUGCAGUGACAGGCUAUAGACACCAGACCCACUACAUUAAGCUGUAGUGGUUUGGGUUAAUGUCGUUCUCUCACUUCUUUGGUUAUUUGCUGUUAUCUUGUAACGUUAUACAAUGAAGCAUUAAAAAAAAAAAAAAAAAUUUGAUCAUUUUCAAAUUACCAUUUUUGGCUUUUAUGAACUAAAAGUCACUAUCAGAGUGAGAAUUGAUGGGAAUUCAAAGUCAAUUUCAGAAAUUUGGCCUUUAAUUUUAAAUUCCCUCUGUAUUCAUGUCAGUUAUCCCUUUAGUGAAUAACCCAGUUUGAAUUAUUUAGAAUUUCUGACCAUUUGCAUUUUAUUGAAUAGCCCAGUGUGGGAUUCAUUAGACUACAUGUAUGUAGAGUCAUUAGCUGUGUACCCUGCACAUUAACCUGUAGUCUCAGUGGCACUCUAAUGACACUGUAUUUUGCUGAAUAUAAUGACAUCUUGAUUGCCCAUGACUUGUCAUUUUUUGUCCGAGUCUCCAGAAAACCUACAAUUGAAAAGUGUUUUUUCUCUCUCAAUAUUGCACUUGCAGAUUUCCCAAUAACUCUGUACAUCGGAUGGAAGGGACCAUAAAAUUAACUAAUGGCCUGAAGCUCGGGUCGUUUUCUCUUUUUGCCCCGGCAUACAGCAGUUCUAAGCCACAAAACAAUGCACUUUUCCCCCAGGUUUACAUGCUAGUGAUUGCAUGUUUCACAAAUUUAUUUCAAAUAAUAAGAAUUUGGGAGUGAAUGGGGUUAAAUAUGUCACAGCCAGGAACUCUUGUCAACUCGUGUUUUUUUUUUUUUAAUAUAUGAUGUUUACGAUGCAAACUAUACUUACUCAUUCCUUUCUCUUGUUUCAGUUCCCUCCCUGCAGACCCUGUGCCGCCUCAUCAUUCAGAAACACGUGGUCCACCGACUGGCCAUAGACUGGCUGGAACUACCACAACUGCUGAAGAAUUUCUGCAAGUAUGAAUGAGAUUUGUAACGUAACCAAAAACCGCUGGAGGACCAAGCAGCAUGUUGUGCUCCAUCCUUUGACUCAAUAGUGGAUCAGGCAAAGACACAACAACCAUGUGAACUGCAGUUUGUGCGUCAAAGGGCAUACGAGGAAAUCCAAGCAACAAAAUGUUCUGAUGAUCGACAUGUCCCAGAAAUCCUGGGGCAAACUGAGUAAUGUUACCAUGUUGUGUUUACUGUCGUUCAACAUAAAAAUUCAGGAAUAAUGCCUAUAAAACACACUGUGAAAAUAAAUGCCAUACAUGGAAAUUAGAUGCUUAAUGUAUAGUAUCCUAAACAUCAAAGUCUAUGUACAACAAUCACAAUACAUACAGUAAUUAAAGGGACAUUAUAGGGUCAGGAACCCAAACAAUUAUUCCUGACCCUAUAGUGUUAAAACCACCAUCUAGCCCCUCCCCCCCCCCGAUCCCACCUUGCCUCCCUAAAUAUAGUAAAAUCUUACUUGUAUUCAAUUCUGCAGCUGCUGCCUCUGACCUUGAACUGUCUGCAUGCCUGACAUCAUCAGAAGUGAUUCUGUGAGCUAAUCACAAUGUUUUUCCAUAGCAUUGGCUGAGACUGUCAAGGAGGCAGAUCAGAGGCAGAGCCAGCACAAGCCAAACACAGCCCUGGCCAAUCUGCAGCUCCUCAUAGAGAUGCAUUGAAUCAAUGCAUCUCUAUGAGGAAAGUUCAGUGUCUGCAUGCAGAGGGUGGAGACACUGAAUGGCGAUCACACUGUGCAGCACUGCCCCAGGAAGCACCUCUAGCAGCCAUCUGAGGAGUGGCCAGUGAAGGUAUCUCAAAGCUGUAAUGUAAACACUGCAUUUUCUCUAAAAAGACAGUGUUUACUGCAAAAAGUCUGAAGGAGAUGAUUCUACUCACCAGAACAAAUUCAAUAAGCUGUAGUUGUUCUGGUGACUAUAGUGUCCCUUUAACAAACAUUAACAGUCAUUGUGAGUCCCAUAGUCAUAUAAUAAAUACAUAUAAUAUAAAACGGCUGUGUAAAAAAUCCUACCUGCAUAAUAUAUACAUAACAUUAUAUAUAUAUAUAUAUACAAAGGAUCAUAUGGGGAAGUUACCCAUCUGAUGUAUACAUUAUCUUAUACAUCACAUGUCAAUAUGGAAAAAGAAAACAAUACUAUAUAUACAAUAUUCUAUACACAAAUCUUUUUAUAUCUUCAUCCUAUUCAUCUCCCUUUUUUCAAACCAACUUGCAUACCCUUACCCCCUCUCUAGAUCCUAAGCCCUACCCUUCUUCCCAUACCACUUACCCUAACUGCUCACUUUAUUCCAUAGUUGGAACCUGAUGAUGACCAAUUUGAUCAAUCUGUCAGUUAUUGAGCAGUUUUACAAAAAAAUAUAAGUGAUGUAGCGGACCACCAGUAACCCGACCGGUUACCUCCGCUAAUUCCUUCCUUCAGCCACUCUGGAACCAUCAAAAUAAGCAGACAGUCAUUUUCCCCCAGUAACUGGACGACACACAGUUCUGGGAGUAGACUGUCUUUAUUCAGGGCCACACACGGCCUUUUUAUGUAAAGUCCCCUGCAAGGGGUUUCCAUUACAAACAUCAAGGGUCUUUUCUCCCAAGAUCCUCUGUGCCUGAGAUAUAAUUGCGUGAGAAAACCUAUUUAAUUUAAUUAUCCCUCAGGUACAGGAAAAUCUACAAAAGUUCCAAACACCGCACCAACACAUUUUAAUAUUUCAAAAGGGGUUAAUUGAUUGCAUGGAAGGUCAGAGCUUACAAUCCAAUUUUCUAUUUUAAGAUGGGACCCCAACAGAGCCACUCUGCCAGGUGUGAGAAGUCACACACAAGUGGCCUGGAAGUCUGGCUUUUGCACAAACUAACUCUCCCAUUUGCCAUAUGUCUUGAUUGCCUCUUAGAUAGGAAGUCCUUUGACAUGUUAAUGAUCAUUAGCUUUCAAGAACAAAAAGAGACCCUUGUGUUUCAAUAUCAUAUCCAAAAGAGAUAUUAAUACCCACCCACAGAUCAAUACUCAAGCCUCGUUUUUAUCAUAUUUAGAAUGGGACAAGCACAAUGUUCCAAUCAAGCCCAGACAUGAAUUGCGAACAAGGGGAGAUCCCAAGCAUGAUGGCUUGAAAGCAAUAAGCAGGCAAGCCUGUGGGCACAUGUGAGCAUGGUACUCAAUGACGGCGUUCCGUCACAAGUGACUCUUCCCACCACUCAUAGAUCUCCUCCUCUCCAUACGCAGUGACAUUAGAAAAAGUACAAUUUUGCAUUAUCUAUUAAGCUUCCAGUCUGGACAGCAAAGAUCGGCCUCUCUUAAAGAAAGACUCCAAACCUAAACAGAAUGACCCACAAGGUGACCUUAGACAGCCUCCGAGGCCCAGAGAUUAGUCAGCAGCCCUGGAACUAUGAGAUUGCAUGCCCCAUCCACCUCCACCCCAUCUCUGUGUGAAGAAUGAAGGGAAAGGGGUAAGAGGGCAAAAAACAGUCUUGUGACUAGGGUCCUGUGGGAUAUUAAUCUUUUCCUGCUGGAAACACCAUAACCACUCACCAUGUUGUGGUUAUGGUGCCCCAUCAUUACAAGUAGUCAAACCGUUUCAAUGAUUUCAGAGAAGCAGGAGCCUUGUUGACAAUCGCAAGAUGGAAGAAUGUGAUACUGAGGUAACACAUAGAUAAAAGUUUAAGUUCAAAUACUUUUUAUAUCUUAAUAUAAGCAGGGCUCCCAACAGUCCCGCUUUUGGGGACCUGUCCCUCCUUCCCGAUUUAGUUCCUUGAUGAAUCAAUAACAAAAAUGUUAAAAGAAAGUAUAAGUUACCAAAGUGUACUGACUCUACAUGGUAAUAAUCGUCUCCCUUUUAUUUCAGGAAAUAAUUGCACAUUAUAUCCCUAUAGGAGUGAAAUUACAAUUAUCCUGUCUGCUAAGAAUGGCAAUGAAGUUUGAAAAUGUCACAAUGUAUUACACAGUUGUGCUGCACGCACCCUCAGGCUUUAAAGGAACACUAUAGUCACCUAAAUUACUUUAGCUAAAUAAAGCCGUUUUAGUGUAUAGAUCAUUCCCCUGCAAUUUCACUGCUCAAUUCACUGUCAUUUAGGAGUUAAAUCACUUUGUUUCUGUUUAUGCAGCCCUAGCCACACCUCCCCUGGCUAUGAUUGACAGAGCCUGCAUGAAGAAAAAAAACUGGUUUCACUUUCAAACAGAUGUAAUUUACCUUAAAUAAUUGUAUCUCAAUCUCUAAAUUGAACUUUAAUCACAUACAGGAGGCUCUUGCAGGGUCUAGCAAGCUAUUAACAUAGCAGGGGAUAAGAAAAUCUUAAUUAAACAGAACUUGCAAUAAAGAAAGCCUAAAUAGGGCUCUCUUUACAGGAAGUGUUUAUGGAAGGCUGUGCAAGUCACAUGCAGGGAGGUGUGACUAGGGUUCAUAAACAAAGGGAUUUGACUCCUAAAUGGCAGAGGAUUGAGCAGUGAGGCUGCAUGGGCAUGUUCUAUACACCAAAACUGCUUCAUUAAGCUAAAGUUGUUCAGGUGACUAUAGUGUCCCUUUAAUACUGUGAUGCCUAUGUGGACCACCAACCAUGAUUCAGAAUAGUUAAUUGAAAUUAUUCACAGUAUCCAACCACUAUGGGAUAUCCACAGAGUAUAAAAAGGUCUGGGAAUAAAAAAUAAUUUAAAAAAAAGAGUAAGUAUUGUUAGUGUCUAAGUCUCCUAUAGUGCAAAAUUAGGGAUGUCCAUUUAACAAUCAGGCACAGGCGGAAGUAGACCAUACGAAAAAUAUCUCGACUGUGAGUGUAAAACCACUGACGGCUUACAGAACCAGACCUCUCUCCAUUCAAUUCUAGAUGGGAUAGAAUAAGACGGAAUUAAAGUGGGUAGUGCAUAAGUGCAACCCGUGCCAAGUGUUUUAUCAAACCAUUGAGAGCCUGAUGCGUGUUUUGGUGGUGAAGUGCUGUACCUUCGUCAAAGGCUAAAUGAAAACUGACAGGCUGUGGAAAUAUAAAGGGUAUCCCCUGUUAGACACCCUUAGAUGCUGGCCAAUCAGUGCUUAGUAUUUUUGGAGGCGUGUAACUGAUUAUCAUCUCGUCCAAAAAGGUUGUACCUAGGUUGUACUAGAUUAAAAAAAAAGGUAUUUCAGUGUGAAGAGGCUGGUCACUAAAAACAGCCUUCCCUCACACUAUUACCCCUAUACAGAGGGUGAGUGGGUGGUUGGGUGGAGUUGGCCCGCCUAUUGUAUUUGCUAGUAUUGCCAGUGACCCAAGUUGCAUCACUGGUGAUAUCCUCGACAAGGCCUACCCACCUAUCUCGAUUACAUACCACCCAAUGUUAGCAGGUACGAUAGAUAUAUUAGUCAUAUGUUUGUUUCUUGAUUUCUUUUAUAGAUCGGUAAUAGCAGUGGGUGAUCAUUUAGAAAUGUGAAUAUACUCAUUAUCAUGUACAAAGACCUGUACUCUACUUAUACGCAAUGCACUUUUUAUGUUAGACCAUACUAUUACUAUACUCUCUGUAUGAUUAUUUGGAAUAUGUAUUUGGCCAUGCUUAAAUAAAGAAUUUUAAAAAAA